AUGGGUCUACUGCCCGUCUCGUUGCAAGCCCCCAUGGGCCCCUUUCGGCAUUUUCGACGCUCAGUCAGCCUGGGCAGCCUGGGCGCGAUGAAGGACGCCAACUUGUCUCCUAUGCAGCCCGCUCAACCGUCCACCGCCUCCACAGCGGCCAGCAGUGACUACGAGACUGCCUCUGAGGAUGACGUGCGGGACGAUGUGUCACAGGCGACGGUCACAUCGACAUUGGCAUGGGAUGUGCGGACAUCUCUGACAGAAGAGGGCAAGCAGCAGUCCACCUCGGGCAUCAAUUGGAAGGUGGCCCAGCAAGGCGAUGAGCUAGGUCUUGGUUUGCUCACGAUUGCCGCGGAUGCCAGUAAAGACGGCAACGAUGGUACCUUUGAGAGAAAGGCCUACGUAGACAGCCUCACCUAUCUGUUGCGCAGUCUACCGGCAGACCUGGACAUGAGCGAGGCAGAUCAGAUCUGGUCAGCGGCUCCCGUUCAUCUUUUACCUCGAGAGCUGGCGUUGAGCAGAUCAGGUCGGCCUGGAACCAUGACACCCACUGCGAGCUCGGGGCAAGCAAAGUCCAUUGUGCACAGACUGGUGCAAGUGGCGGUCCUCAACCUCUUUCUCCUCAUGCGCUUUUUGCUGCCCUACUUGAUUGUCAUUCUCAAGUCAGCGGCGGGCGUCGAGCGCCGAUACAAGAUCUCGGAGAGGAUCAUUGGGCACAGCAUGGACUGCUUCAAUGCGGCUGGGCGACAGUUUGGUCGAGUGGCCGAGAUUGCACUGAGUAGCAACGAGGGGAAGCUGGGAGAAGGCGUCCCGGGCACGUUUGCAUGGGCUGUUGACGAGGUCACACGAGGAAUCUCGGACGGAAUAGGAGAAGGCAUAAUGGUGGCGAGAUUGCAAGACUCUGUCGCGAGGGAUGAGGACACUACUAAGAGGCGAGAGAAGGAGAUAAAGUAGAGAGAUACUUGAUGAAAUAAUGACUGGAAGCAUUCCACGAUGAAGUAUCACGUGAUAGCGCGGAUCUCGUGCAGCCUCAAAACAGUGGAGCCGCAUUGAGUCUAGUCCCGAUGAGGCAACGUCAGAAAAAGGGUCUCUCCUAUCUCCCGCGACGGCGAAAAAAUUCAUGGCGCGCCGCAUCUUCCUCACUACGUACGAGCAUCCUGAUCCUGUCCUUCUCGAUCUUUCAUCAUUUCGUGUCUUGUCUCGCCAUCAUACCCCUUUGAUCUUCAUUGCGCAGUGAUACGAAUCUUGACGAACUUUUCAUCAUAUCUUGGA